AUGUUCGAGCGGGCACGUCGGGGCGAGCGUUUAACCGAUGAGGAGAUACGCUUCCUCACGAACAAAAGCACUGAAUUAGCUGGGGUUGGAUCAACCGCAGGGAAAAGCGCGCUCAACCAGGACCAGGUGCAGUGGGCUACCACAUCAGACCAGGUGUUGAGCAAACCAGUCGACGAAAUCAACCGACAGGUCGCUAGAGAAAGUCGAGCGUUUGAAAUGGUUCCGGCAACGGGCUCCGUAUCAUCGCACGUGCAAUCUGUCGCCGAAAGAAAUGAAUCUAGGAGGGAUUAG